GUCACGGUAUCAAGGCCACUGUGCAAUAUUUGUUCCGAAAACAUUGUGUUGGCUGCCAAUGAUUGAAGUAAAGGGUUCACUGGAAUUACAACAGACACCUGACAGAUUUAUUAUUAUUUUUUUUUUCUGUAAGGGCUGAGGACUCUUUGCGAGUGUGUGAAGUUUCUGGCAGGUUUGACUGAAAAAGUAAAUAAAUACAUUUUUAAAAAGGCUAAAUUAAAUUAAUUAGCUCCCGAGGCAGCCACUCGCGCAUACCGUACACAGAAGGUGAAAAAAAUUUUUUUUAAAAAAAGAUUUCAUAAAGGAAAUACUAAUCUACGUCAGGAGAACCAAAUGAGUGCCAAACAGAUGGAUGAGCUGGAGAGGAGCCAGAGGAAACACAAACACAACAGGAGUCUGGAGCGCCUCCCUCGAGCAGGCAGAAACCAGCAGUGUGAAGGUCACCUGUCACCCCAGCAGCAAAAGCAUGUGAACAGAAAGUCACAUCGCGCGCUUGCUAGAGAGAGAGAAUGGUGGACGCCUACCACCACUGUCCAUCCAGUUCCUCCGACGAGGACGAUGAAUCAGUGAAGGAGGAGGAGAAGGAAGAGGAAGCAGACGAAGACUGCCUCCCCCUGCCCCGCCCCCUGCACUGGACCGGUCUUUCGGACAGCAUGAAAGGUCUGCUGGCUGCCCUGCUGGGUGGGGGGGUGCCGGCCGGCUUCGUGCCUCUCUUCACCCGGAUCGCCCACGAGAGCGCGCACCUCCCCCCGCUGGAGGUCCUGUUCGGACGCUGCCUGCUGCACUUGCUGGUGUCGGCCGCGGUGCCCUGCCUGCGGAGGAGCUCCGCCGGACAGCCUUCCUUUGGCCCCCGGGCAGCCUGGCCCCGCCUGCUGACCCACGCCGUGGUCAACCUGCUCUCGGUGGGCUGCGCGUACAGCUCCUUCACGCUGGUGCCGGCGGGGAACGCGUCCGCAGUGCGCAAGGGCGCCUCCACCCUGGCCUCCGUCCUGCUGGCCCUGUGCCUGGGCAGCGGCCCGCUGAGCUGCUACGACUGCGUGGGGCUGCUGGGCAGCCUGCUGGGGCUGCUGGUCAUCGUGCUGCCCGACCUCCUCCUCUCUGCACACUCCUCGGCCAGCACGGCGGACCUCUUCGGCUAUGCCCUGGCCUCGCUGGGCGGCCUGGCCCUGGCCCUGGGCCUGGUCAUCUUCCGGACCUUCUCGCACCCGGGUAGGUUCCAGGGAGCCGUCUUCUCCUUCGGGGCUCUGGGGGCCCUGAUCUGCGGCCCUGCCUUCACCCUCCAGGAGCCCGUCUGGCCCCGUGGCCCCCUGGCUUGGGCGUGCCUGGUGGCGGUCGCCUGCCUGGCUCUGGCCGCGUUCCUCUCCUCAAACUACGCCGUGACGAAGGCGCACCCGGCCCUGGUGUGCGCUCUGCUGCACUCCGAGGUGGUGGUGUCCAUGAGUCUGCAGUACGCGAUGCUGGGGGAGCCCGUCACCUCCUUCGAUAUAUUGGGGGCCGGAGUCAUCGUGGGCAGCAUCGCGGUGAUCAGCGCCCAGAACUUCAGCUGCGACCCCCGCCCCCCGAGCGAGAAACUGAGCUGCUGAGGAAAGAAAGGGGUGGGCUUUCACCCUGAGCCGCCCAGCCAGCGUGCAAAAGUUUUGGCCACAGCUGUAGAGCUCUGAAUAUUGAAAGUUACAGUACCUGUCUGUGUGUCCCUUUGUGACCCCAGGCCUCAUAGAAAACAUUUCAUUUUAUACAGUGUACUGCACUGAGGGUUGCAAGAGUGUAAAUACACACAGAACACAAACAAAAACAUCGGCCAGCUCCCAGCAAACCUCCAAACGUCUGCAACAUGCUGCUGCGUCAUCAUUGGGAGAGAGAUCAAAAGAAAAAAAAAACUGAAA